GCACCCACCUGUGCCACUCUGCAGUGUCACACACCUGUGCCCAGAAGUGCCACCUACCUGUGCCCAGCAGUGCCACCCACCUGUGCCCACCCACCUGUGCCCACCAGUGCCACCCACCUGUGCCACCCCACCAGUGCCCACCCACCAGUGCAGCCCAGCAGUGCUGCCAGUCAGUGCCACCAGUCAGUGCCCAGGGGUUAUGCCAGUCAGUGCCACCAGUCAGUGCCCAGAAGUGAUGCCAGUCAGUGCCGUCUAUCAGUACCCAUCAUCAGUGUCACCUAUCAGUGCCGCCUAUCAGUGCUGCCUAUCCAUGCCACCUCAUUAGUACUGCCUAUCAUUGCCCUUUAG